AUGAAUCCUUCGGUUCUUAAGUCGGUCGUGUUCUCCCAAAAUGUAAACGCUGAGGGUCAUGCUAUAACAUUUGAUCCUGGCUUAUGUGGGUACGUUGCCCACUCUGGUUGUCAAGUGACGGUCACAUGGAAGUUAGGACCCAAUUGUGCUAAGGAUUGCUUACUGGAAUUUGCAAUUCUGGAUGCGGAAACCAAUUUAGUCCAAGAAUUUGUCCGAGCCAUUGAGGCCGGUGCUCAGCGACUCAAUUGGCUUGCUCAGGCUCAAUUUCGACCCAACCAAUCUUGGCAAAAGGUGGCCAUUGUGGCCCGACCUGUCGCGGAACCGACUCAACUUAUCGCUCAAUCGCACUUCUUCUUUAUUACUAAAACUAUGACACUUUCACGCUUCGAGUUCGCUUAUGCCUCUUUCUGCCACAUUCACAAACUGGAAAUGCAGUCUGUGAACAGGCUGGUGUUGGAGGGAUACGGUCUACGCUGUGAGAAGCGUGAAGUACGGUGUAUUCCCAAUCUUAGAGAAACUCUUCCUUUCGAGACAGGCGGCCGCCAUAAAUUUACUCCCGGACAGCUAUUGGUACAGACUACCGGUAUCCUGGCAACUAUGACGCAUACUCAAUUGUUGCCCGGGUCAGGAGCGAGGGUCGAUAUAGAGGAGCAUGCAAGCGGUAGUAGUAUACAGGAGUUCGUAUAUAACCAGUAUACCUCUGGAUCUGAACGUCGUUUGGAUGUUCUAAAGACGGAGUCUCUGGUCCUGACCAUUCUACCGGAUAUUGUAUUGGAGCAGGACAGUCAUUACUGGGCCCGUUCUUCAGACGUGAUCAACGCUCUCUAUAACCUUGUGCCUUCUGAAUUGUACGAAUCCAACAUGGUCGGCGGAUUCGGCUCUAGCAAGAACGCAAGUGCCAUGCUCACUAACUGGAACAAAGAAGGCCGUCGCGUCGGCGCAACGGGGGCCGCGGGAGCGGCUACGGGAGCGGGAAUUGACUUCAUGGACAACAAUGAUCCGAGUCGGUUUUUGUUGAAUACCGGUUGGUUGGGAGAGCUCCUGUACGUCUUCGUCGGGCUCCCUGGUCGUUUCAUGAGUCCCAAAUUCUACUUGUUCGAGUUCAUUCCAACCAUAAUUUACGUCUUUGCUAGCUUCAGUCGCAUCAUUCUGAAUAUCACCCCAAGCGUGUCUGUAAUGGGCUUGCUUCUGAUCCAUGACUUCAUUGCGCGGCAGGUGUAUAGGGAUCGCUCCCGCGAUAUCGAUUCAGAGGUAAUAGUUGAUAUUUUCCUCGCCUCGGACAAGUCUGUGUUUCUGACGAGCCGGACCUUCACGCACGCGUUGAUUCCGAAUUUAGUAUGUCUGCUGCUCAUUGCAGUAUGCAGUGUGCUCAGUCCGUACGUACAGAACGCCCUACAGUUGACUUACGAUCCUCUCGAUGGUGUCGUGCGCCCUCUUCUAUUUCUUGGCUACGCGAUCGCUGGCUGUAUGCUAAUCUCUUCUCUCGGCUGGCUCAUGGUUGCUGGUCUGAUCACCACUGACCGCUUCAUUCCGAUAGCGGCUUGUUUGGGCACGAUUGUGUAUCUCGUACACGUGCGACGGCAACGCUACCGAGAGGCGCGGAAGUGGAUUUUAGGAUUCGUCAGCGAACAUGCGUCCUGUCUGCUGGGCAUCUGCCUCAGCAAAUGGCGCGAACAGUUCCGGAUCCCCGCGUCCGCACUCAUUCCCGCGAGCACCGCCAUGGAUGAGCUGACUAGACACGUGCGCUACUCACUCAAGAAAUUGAGCAAACACGACGGCAAAGAGCGCGACACAGACAGCGACUCCUCCGAGUCUUGCACCGGCACCCGCUCCUACCGCUCCCUCAAAUCCAACCGCCGCACCUCCAUCGUCUUCGAAACGACCGCACUCAAAGAUGUGCGAAAGGACACACACUACUUCAGUAGCGCCUUUCACUCGACUUCCGAAUCGCUUUCGCACACAUCUACACUUUCACUCUGGUCCCCACCUGGCGUCCGCCGGCCUUCCGAUCAGCCCUCGCGUCGGGCCUCACAGGCCUGCAGCCUCGUGCCUUUGGUCCGCGGCUUGGGUUCCGGAAUGCCGGGCAACCUUACACCGGGGGUGAUGGCACGGGGGGGACUGCCCGGGGUGGAGUCGUUAAGGUUGGUUUCUGCCGCAAGUCCGUUACGAACUGGCGGUUUCGCCGCGCAACGAUUGGCCUCGGUGGAGUCGGGACGUGUGCCAGUGUUGGACGUGGCUGCUUUGCACGGACGGCGAUGGGUAGUAGAGGUGGUGCAGGCAAGGGCAGGGCAUAAGUACUGCGUGGAUGGCACAGGUUCAGUACAAGGGUUGGAGUCAGAGUUCGAGUGUGAUGGUGCUUUGGCUAAAACGAGUGUGGGCUCACACCUCGCUCAGUGGAAAGAUCACCGUCGUAGCCAGAGGCUUUAUUUUGAUCUCGCUGUGCUCUGUGCUGAACUUUACCCACCUGCACAGGACCUGGCCUUCAUGGACAAAGUGGAAGCCGUCUUCCUCUACAUCGACGACGACGGCGACCGCUUCUGGUCAGCAUACGAGUAUCGCCAAUGGCUCACCAAGUGCGCAGUCGACCCCGCCAGUGUACUGGAAGACAUUGCCUCCAUCAAAGAACUCUCCCUUUACUACAGCACUGCGCACCUCCUGCCGGGAGGCCGGGCCGAGGGGGGGCGGACCGAGGGCAGAAACCAGGCGGAACUUCUGGAAGGCUUACUGGGGGAGGGUGGCCGAACCAGGGAAGGGGACCGUGCCGGAGACCGGAUGGAUGGCCGUCCCGGGGAGAAGAUUCGGCCCGGGGACCAGUCGUUGUUGGACCAGCACUACGAGUUACUGUACCCGACGAAACAGCCGGAGGAUUCGACUAAGGUGUUGGUGAUCAGCGGUGAGGAUGCGCAGAUGGGCGAGGGGCUGUGGGAACGUUCGGCGGAAGAGGAGGCGCAAUGGGGGGCGGCGGACGAAGACGUAAUACUCAAACAGGCGGAGUUCCCGGAAACGUUGAACAAGGCUGAGUUGAAAGUAUUGUUCAACACCAUGGCCAUCGCCUCGGGUGCGCCAUGUUCGCCAGCCUGCGCCGCGUUCGUCGCAGACACACGUUUGCUGGGCGAAACGCUCGCUCAAUUGCAACGCGAAUUCGUGCACCCUCUUGAGUGCUUAACUCUCGAACAACUGGUCGCCGAAAACAGUCUCGUACCGCCGAGAGAUUCCUCGAUUUAUACACCCCGGGUUUCGAACCUUUAUCCCCAAAAGGAUCAGGACAGGGAUGGCGAGGGUAGGCGUGAUGUGAGCAUGAAUGCCUGGAGUCAUGGGAGCAGUGAGAGUGAUGAGAGCAGUGAGAGUGAUGAGAGCAGUGGUAGUGAUGAGAGCAGUGGGAGUGUGAGGGCGAGGGGCCGGCGCAGACGUGGAGAUCGAGCGCGUGGUGUAGGUCCGGUUUUAUUAGACGCGUUGAAGGGUGCUUAUGCGCGUUCGAUUGGAGAUGUGGACACGAAGAUCCGGCAGUAUAUAAAUGUGAUAAAGAGCCACGAAUAUGUGCAGGCGGAGAUUACGAAUUUUUUUGACGAGAUUAUUACGCAGAAGAUCCAGCUUAAGACGAAAACUGUGUUGCAGCGGUCCUAUCCCAUCGUGCAUCAUGGCCUACAUUCCCAGACGAUCAACGCUCUUCAGGGGUGUCCCAAGACAGCCUACCAUGCGCACCAACGAUGGAACAGUGUCAAGGGUGAGAAGUACAACGAGAUCACAGCUUGGUGCGAGAACUACCCGAGAGUAGUGGAUUCUUGUCGAAUGGAGUAUCGUAUUAUGCUUUUCACGUUGGUUUUAAAUGAACUGGGUCUGCUAAAAAAAUGGCAGUUCCAGUCCAAGGAUAUCUCUCCGGGUUUGCCCACUAACGUUCUCGUACAACUCGACUCUAGCUUUGAUCUGCUUCAGAUUAGUGUUAAAACAAGGACGAUAAGGGGUAUAUAUCCUGCCAGUAAUUCGGCUGUUACGUUUCUAUCUAAGCUUCUACUAAACACCUCCAUGCUUGAGCAAAAAGGCACUGCGGCGUAUGCUGAAUCAUUUACGUUGGUUGACAUUGACAUGAUACUGGAUAUCUUGUUUUCAGAGUAUUUAUGGCUAGAUUCAUUUUCCUUGUUAUUACGACUUUUAGGUGUCACAGAUGGUCAGUAUUUGCUUCCAUGUGCUAUCCGUGAGGCCUUGGAGAAGGAAGAGGAGGACAAAAUAGAGCUGCUAAAUUCGAAGUACACUCAGCUUAUAUUCAACCGACUUAGCUCUAACUGUUACUUCUUGCCAUCAGAGUUAGCCGAUGAAGCGGUUCUAUUGUUGACAGAAAACCAGGUGUCUUUAGCUGGAGGCAUCGCCUGCGUGGCUGAGAUGGGUCUUCUGGAUCCCACUCGAAAUAAUCAUAACGUCAUCUCGAGCGAUAUGGAUAUACAAGUCUCGGAAUAUAGCGAGCAAGAAACCGUGUUCGAUUGGACACUUUAUCUGUAUGAUGGUGCUGACGAAACGGACGAUCUUCUUUACCAUUUUAACACCGUAUCUGAAAUUGGCGGGUUCCUUUCAAAGGCGAAACUACUCAGUUGUGUUCAACGCUAUAUAGAUCACACCCAUGUCAUUAUUAGUCAUGAAUUACUUGCCAAUCAACUACGGCUAUCCAUCAGCCCGCAAAUGUCCCGUUUGAUGCGAUCCAUCAUCGCACAAAACAUCCUAACUGGUACCACUGUAGGGGGCACCGGCAUUACCGAUGACGGCCCUGAAACGGAGCAACGUAGCUGCGGAAAUUUCGAGCAAUCAGGAGCGGCUUUUAGUAAUAGUUUACGCAGUUCUAGAAGUAGUUUACAACCUAGCAAUAAUUUACAACGCAAUAUCAGUUUGCCACGUGCUAGCGGUGGCUUGAAACGUAGCAGCGGUGUCCAGGUCGAUCAGCAUCGCGGCGUCAACUUUAAAGAUUCUAUGAGUUCAAUCGACGACACAAGAUCUGGAGUAGAUCGAUCAGCUCGUUCAAAAAGUGUUGGAGCAUAUGCUAAGUGUCUAAUUGACAUGUAUUUUGUCCCAGUGUAUUCCGGUGACGAUAUUGUGGAUUUUAAAGGUUGUCUAACUCAAUGGAUGUUUAGACAAUUAUUAAGCGAGCUGAAUAUAUCAAUUGAAGACGAAUCUGGUAUCUGGAAUGACUUACCCAAAGGGUUUAUGACCAUCGGGCAUCACCACUGGACUCUAGAUCGUGAUUUAACUGGCAAUGAUCCAUAUAAGGGUAAGGUUGUAAACAUAUCAAGACUACAAAUGUGUUUGCCAAACAUCCUAUAUGAUGGUCUGUGGCCGGAAUCCCUACGAUGCUUCAUAAGAAUGAGGAUAGGCAGCGAUCUGAAUUUGGAUCCGAUAAUCAAAGACUGGAAUAAAUGGGAUAUUAAUGAACAUGGUCUAAUGAAAUUUAGCGGGGUUAUACAGGUGCUAACAGCGUUACAAGGACGGAAGAUGAAUUAUCAAGCGCUGGAUCACGCAAUUAGAUACAUGAAAAUAAAAAUGCCUAGCUAUAUCCAAAGAAGAAUGUUUGCAGCGCUCGAUAUAAAUCGAGAUCUGUUUUUAGAUGCGCAAGAAGUUUCAAGUGGGUUCGAAGCCAUAUUCGAAAACUACUUGCCGGAAUAUCUCGUACAAUCACUUAAAAUAACGCAUGCUGAUGAAGCACAAUCGGUUGCCAUGGUCGUCAUCCUCCUCUUGAUUCUCUUCGGGUUUAUUGCCAUCGCUAAGGAAAGUUUCGCGACCGUAUCGGGCGGUACGUCUACCUUACAGAGUGCGGCGGCCGUUGCUGGAGCUCUGUCGUUACAAGGGUCUCCUCAAAAAUCUAAAAAUGUAAUGGACGCGCAGCUCAGGUCUAAGCUGAUUGAUAUACUUGGAGAAAACGUGGACGAGGUACUUCUGGAACAGAAAAGACAGGAAGCCCUCUGGGAACGCAAUCGGUCAGCCUACCUCGACAAGAAACAUGUCAUGCUCGAUGCCGUGCCGGUCCAUAUUCAGUAUGAGGGAUUCAUGGAAUCGGACAGUGUACUUCGUCUGGGCCAAUACGUUCGCCUCAUACCUGUGGUCAGCGGCAUGGACACCUCCGUUGUCAGGUGGACCAUCAGCCCCCCUCUCCCCACAGCACUUGGCCUCGUAUUCGAUCAGAGCAACGGCUGCAUAUCAGGCCUCUUAGAAAACCCUCUUAGCCAAGAUACACCGACGUCGAACUCUGAAAUCGUAACCCUACUUAACAAGCUCCUCGUCUUCAAAAUCUCUUGUGUCUCCUUAUCCCAUUGCGUCUGCAAAACCAAUCUCGCUUUCAAAGUCACGCUUUAA